AUGAUUGCAUCACGACAAUUAAUUCGUUUAACUGUGCUCAGAAAAAAUUUCAGUCGAUUGUAUUCAACUAACGUCGUUGCACCUACAUCGAAUAUUACCAAAGAGGCAUUAAAAGAAUUACGAGAAAAGACCGGAUAUAGUUAUUUGAAUUGCCGUAAGGCACUCAAUGAAUUCGGAUCAGAUAAUCUGGAUGAAGCUAUCAAAUGGUUGAAAAAGAAGGCUAUAGAAGAGGGUUGGGAAAAAGCUGCAAAACUUGGUAAUAGACCAACAAGACAGGGUGUUGUAUCAGUGAUGACAAAAGGCAAUAAAGCAGCUGUCGUUGAAUUGAAUUGUGAGACGGAUUUCGUUUCUAGAAGUGAGAAUUUUAAACGAUUGGUUGAAGAUGUGGUUAAAGCGGUUUUGCAUGCUGCUGAUCGAGAUGGAAGGAUUAGUGAUGGCUUUGAGUUAGUGAAUUCAAGUAUUAAUUCUCUCAAAACAUCGGAAAAUGGCAAGCUAGUGAAAGACUUGAUUACGGAAGCAAUCGGUAAACUUGGCGAAAAUAUAACUCUUUCAAGAGCACAACUAAUACUAGCACCAUCUGAUAUUCAACUUUUUGGCUAUGCACAUCCCAAAGAAGGUACUGAAGCGGUGUGUAUGGGAAGAUAUAUAUCGGUUGUUGGUCUGAAGAGGUUGAACAAAACUAAUUUUCCAACAGAAAAACUGGGACAACAGUUGUGUCAACAUAUUGUGGGAAUGAGGGCUUUAACACUGGGCACACCGUUGCUUGAAAAGGAAACAGCGUCUGUAAGUAAAGAGGUCCCACAGGAAGACGAAAGCAAUGCCUUUUACGAUGGAGAGGUCACGCAUAUUGAUGAAAAUGAAACUCAGCUAUUAAGACAGGCAUUUAUGUUGAAUCCUUCGCAGACAGUUCAUGAGUAUGUUGCUGGACAUGGAGCCAGUAUCGUUGAUUUUUAUCGCAUUGAGCUGAGUAAAGAUGUGAACGAAAAGUCUCUCCAGAGCUAA